AUGGCGUGGACAGCUCCAACAGGUGACAAGUGUGUGAUUAAAGUAGCAGAUGUGACCUGCUAUAGGAAAGGCGUCCUCUCAAUUCAGGAAGUGCAACUCCCUGCACGUGAUCAGGAAACAUUAUCAGCUUGUAUGUUGAGUGUUGCUAAUUUUCAAAAUGUCAGUGCUCAACCCCCUGCAUAUUUGAUGGAAUACACUAGUCAUAGCAAGAAAUUCUGCAUGGAGGAUGAAAGCGAAUGUUUUGGCAAAGUAGUCAGUUCAGAUGCUGAUGAAUUUGAUGUUGAGCAAUUGGAUCCAAGUGGGUGCGGCAAAGGAUCAGCUAGAUGGUAUGCAAAGUUAUGGGCUACCUACGUCAAAGAUACUUGGGUACAUGGCAGGGAUUGCCGGAUUGCAGAUGGGGAUGUAAAUUCUGCCAUUGUCUAUUUGGAGGGAAAGGCUUCUGUGGACCAUAUGGCAAUGGCGAGGUAUAACCUGACUAAGGAGGGUAUGUUGUCCAACUUAUUUUGGGCCGAUGGAAUGAGCAGAGUUGAUUACCAACACUUUGGUGAUGUCCUUGCGUUUGAUUCGACGUACAAAAAGAACAAGUAUAGGAGACUGCUUGUAAUAUUAUCAGGUGCAAACAACCACAAACAGACGACUAUCUUUGGAUUCAGGAUAGUGUUGGACGAGACGAUUACUUCAUACAAGUGGAUGCUAGAAAAUCUCCUUGAGGUUAUGUGUAAUAAAUUUCCAUCUGUUGUAGUCAUAGACGGCGAUGAUGCUAUUAUUGCAGCAGUUACGGAAAAUGUUACAUCUAAUGGGAACGAGCAGAUGUUCAGGGACUUGUUUUCAAGGUGGUUGUAUGCGGAUAUGUCGAUAGAUGACUUUGAAGCGGAAUGGGCUGAAGCAGCGGAUGAAUACGAGUUACAUGAUAAGUUAUGGGCAAUGCAGAUAUACGAAAAGAGAAAGAUAUGGGCGAAUGCAUACCUUGGCGACAAGUUCUAUGCUGGGUUUCGUACCACAUCGCGAUGUGAGGGUAUAAAUUCCCAUGUGAAGAAAUUCCUUAGCUCGAAGCACACUAUACUGGAGCUUGUGCAAAACCUUGAGCUAGUCCUUCGUGAAUAUCGUAACAAUGAGAUGGUUGCACAGUUCAACUCCAUUUAUAACGUCCCUGUUAUGACGACGUGCCUUGAUCCAAUCGAAAAAUGUGCUGCCAUGGUAUAUACGCGGACCAUUUUCACCAACGUGAAAAAGGAGAUAGAUGCGGUUAGAGCUCUAAACUUUGUUAGUAAGCAGAGGGUGUCGAUGACGGUAGUGUACACAAUGGAGGAGUAUAGUAAUCCCGGGAAGCCAGUGGUUACUUUGAUCGACAUAAACACGACAAAGUUGGAGUGUAGAUGUAACUUUUGUGCUAGAGAGGGGAUACCUUGUCGACAUAUGUUUUUUGUGAUGAAGCAUGAGCACUUGAAGACAAUUCCUCAUCGGUUAAUUUUGAAACGAUGGCGUAAGGACGCUAAGGCCGUUGAAGACUACUCGGAGAAGAAGGACGUAGCCGAUGAUCGGGGAUUCUUGCUUCGGCAUGGUGCCUUACAUGCGGUAGCUCAAUGGUUGUUGUUUCUUGGUGCGCAGAGCCAUGAGCUAUUUAAUGUAGCGAUGAGGGGAAUUCGUAGCAUGUGUGUUGACAUGGAGGGAUUGCACGGGGAUGGCUAUGAUCAGACCAACACAGAUCCUGAAGUUGGUGUGCGUGAUCCAGCUAUCGUGCGGAUGAAAGGGGCUCCUAGUACCUGGGGGAUAAGUGGUAAAAAAAGAAGAUGCACGACUUGCAGGCGGACUGGACACACCAAGCGAAGGUGCGCUGAAGGGUUCAAAAAAGCAUCUGUAAAGCUGCACGACUUGGAAGAGGAUGCUGAUGUGAUACCACACAAAGAAAAGUCCCCAAAAUUGAACCAAGUAGCAAAGGGUAGAACUGCUGAGGUAGAUGGAGAGGAAGGCAUAGCAGCCGAUUGUGAGUUUGAUUGCGUCAUUGGAACAGCGCAAAGUGAGACAGUUAAAGCCAAGGCUUGCAAGCCGGAAGGAAACUGGGCCACUGAGGUGCUGGACCUCAUUGGUUCACUCCAUGCACACGUUGAGCACAAGUGA